CAAGAUGUAUGCAGUGUGAUGCCAAGUUUGACUUUAUCACCAGAAAGCAUCACUGUCGCCGCUGUGGGAGGUGCUUCUGUGACCGGUGCUGCAGCCAGAAGGUGCCACUGCGACGCAUGUGCUUUGUGGACCCUGUGCGUCAGUGCGCAGAGUGUGCCCUGGUGUCCCACAAGGAGGUGGAGUUCUAUGACAAGCAGCUCAAGGUGCUCCUGAGUGGUGCCACCUUCCUCGUAACUUUUGGAAACUCAGAGACAUCUGAGACUAUGACUUGUCGUCUUUCCAACAACCAGAGAUACUUGUUUUUGGAUGGAGACAGCCACCAUGAGAUCGAAAUCGCACACAUCUCAACUGUGCAGAUCCUCACGGAAGGCUUCCCUCCUGGAGAAAAAGACAUUCCCACUCACAUCAGUCUCCUGGGGAGCCAGCCUGCUUCUGAAGGAGGCAACACACGGGCCACGGGCAUGUGCCUGCAGUACACAGUGCCAGGGACAGAGGGUGUGGCCCAGCUGAAGCUGACAGCCGGGGAGGAUGCUAAUGCUGGCAGGAGGCAGGCGGUGGCGUGGCUGGCAGCCAUGCACAAGGCCACCAAGCUCCUCUACGAAUCUCGGGACCAGUGAUGCCUUGUGGGCAAGGGCUUGGAGUACAUCUGGCUACCAGGUCUGAGUCACUUGGAAUAGCAGGGUGCCUCCUGCUUGUGCUGGGAAUUGCAAUUUACAUACUGGAGAAACGGAAGUGCUCACUUACCUAGUGCAAUAUGUACACAGAUUAUUAACGCUUUGAACAGUUUGAUAUUUUAGAAUUUGUGGAUUAUCUUGUUGAUAUUAACUGGGGGUAGGAGAGACUGAGCUCCACUACUACACUACUGCUAAGCUAUCUUUUGCAUAAUCUGUGCCAUGUUUUCAUGAGUUCCCAGGUUGGUCCAUCUGGGUAGUACUGACUCAGACCUCUGACUGGUAGUGGCACCUGCUCCGUCUCUCACAGCCAGUUUACGCACUUACCUUAGCCUGUUCUACAGACUGUCUACUUACUUGGUUGCUAACUUUGGCUGUGAACAUCCUUUGAUACUUCACUAAGGGGAAGGCGCUGGCUUUUGUGUUUGUACUUUUCACUAUUUCACUUUAUUAAAAUGUACAGCCAUUUGUACAUAAAGCUAUUAUGAUUAAAACCUAUUUUGAACGUAGA